AUGGCUUCAAAGGUCUCCUGUCUAUAUGUUUUGACAGUUGUGUGCUGGGCCAGCGCCCUCUGGUAUCUGAGUAUAACUCGUCCCACUUCCUCCUACACUGGCUCCAAGCCAUUCAGCCACCUAACAGUUGCCAGGAAAAACUUCACCUUUGGCAACAUAAGAACUCGACCUAUAAACCCACAUUCUUUUGAAUUCCUCAUAAAUGAGCCCAACAAAUGUGAGAAAAGCAUUCCUUUCCUGGUUAUCCUCAUCAGCACCACCCACAAAGAAUUCGAUGCCCGCCAGGCAAUCCGAGAGACGUGGGGGGACGAGAACAACUUCAAAGGUAUCAAGAUAGCCACUCUCUUCCUCCUGGGCAAGAACGCCGAUCCCGUUCUGAAUCAGAUGGUGGAGCAGGAGAGCCAGAUCUUCCACGACAUUAUCGUGGAGGACUUCAUCGACUCCUACCAUAACCUUACCCUCAAAACAUUAAUGGGAAUGAGAUGGGUGGCCACUUUUUGUUCAAAAGCCAAGUAUGUCAUGAAAACCGACAGUGACAUUUUUGUCAACAUGGACAACCUGAUUUAUAAGCUACUAAAACCCUCCACCAAGCCAAGAAGAAGGUAUUUUACUGGCUAUGUCAUCAACGGAGGGCCGAUCCGGGACGUCCGCAGUAAGUGGUACAUGCCCAGGGAUUUGUACCCUGACAGUAACUACCCACCGUUCUGUUCGGGGACUGGCUAUAUCUUUUCAGCUGAUGUAGCCGAGCUCAUCUAUAAGACCUCACUCCAUACAAGGCUGCUUCACCUUGAAGAUGUAUACGUGGGACUCUGUCUUCGAAAACUGGGCAUACAUCCUUUCCAGAACAGUGGCUUCAAUCACUGGAAAAUGGCCUACAGUUUGUGUAGGUAUCGCCGAGUUAUCACCGUGCAUCAGAUCUCUCCAGAAGAAAUGCACAGAAUCUGGAAUGACAUGUCAAGCAAGAAACAUCUCAGAUGUUAG